AUGUCACGUGAUGAUAACACAGCUUUCCAGUUUACCCGCGAAACGGAGCAGUCCUCCUCUGUCAGAGUCCGGGGUUUUUAAUGUCGGAAUAAAGGUUUAAUUUAUCAUUUUCUGCUUAUUGUUUGUGUUUUACGGCCUCAGGAUGUUUUGUGAGAAAGCCAUCGAGUUAAUCAGAGAACUUCACCGGAUGAGCGACGGACAGCUGCCCGCUUUUAACGAAGAUGGACUGCGGCAGGUUCUGCAGGAGAUGGAGGCUCUGUACGAACAGAACCAGAGUGAUGUUAACGAGGCGAAGUCUGAGGGUCGAGCUGAGCUGAUUCCCUCCAUCAAACUGCGUCACUGCUGCCUGCUGAGGAACCAGCGCUGCGUCACCGCCUACCUAUACGACCGUCUGCUGAGGAUCAGAGCUCUGCGGUGGGAGUACGGCAGCGUGCUGCCUCCUAACAUCCGCUUCCACAUGUGUGCAGAGGAGCUGCAGUGGUUCGGUCAGUAUAAAAAGUCUCUGGCCUCCUUCAUGCGCUCUCUGGGUGGAGAAGAAGGUCUGGACAUCACUCAGGACAUGAAGCCUCCAAAGAGUCUGUACAUCGAGGUGAGGUGUUUAAAGGAUCACGGAGAGUUUGAGAUCGACGACGGAACAGUGAUUCUGCUGAAGAAGAACAGUCAGCACUUCCUGCCGCGGUGGAAAUGUGAGCAGCUGAUUCGUCAGGGCGUCCUGGAGCACGUCGUCUCCUGAGAGCGGAGGAGAGGACGGACUGACGCCCCCCACCCACACCCCCCCGCAGCCACUUCCUGUCUUCACGUUAACAUCAGACUCAUGAUGAAAACAACAGACAGAUUUUUACUCGUCAGUAGAGUCAGAACGUUCCCUUUCUCCAGGACGGAGCAGAGUGAGGAUUAAAGACGGAAAAAUAAAACAUUUCUUUUUCUAAA